AUGCAUCUGAGUGUAUUUUUAUUUAGGGGUAUUGUGGGUUUCCUCUGGAGCUGCUGGGUUUUACUGGGUUAUGCAAAAGGAGGUUUGGGAGACAAUCAUGUUCACUCCAGUUUUAUUUAUAGAAGACUACGGAACCAUGAAAGACGGGAAAUACAGAGGGAAAUUCUCUCUAUCUUGGGUUUGCCUCACAGACCCAGACCAUUUUCACCUGGAAAGCAAGCUUCCUCUGCACCUCUCUUCAUGCUGGACCUAUACAACGCUAUGGCCAGUGAAGAAAAUCCUGAGGAGUCGGAAUACUCAGUGAGGGCAUCCCUGGCAGGAGAGACCAGAGGAGCAAGAAAGGGAUACCCAGCCUCUCCCAAUGGGUAUCCUCGUCGCAUACAGUUAUCUCGAACGACGCCCCUGACCACACAGAGUCCUCCUCUAGCCAGCCUACAUGAUACCAACUUUCUGAAUGAUGCUGACAUGGUCAUGAGUUUUGUCAACUUAGUUGAAAGAGACAAGGAUUUUUCUCACCAGCGAAGGCAUUACAAAGAAUUCCGGUUUGAUCUUACUCAAAUCCCUCAUGGAGAAGCAGUUACAGCAGCUGAAUUUCGAAUAUACAAGGACCGGAGCAACAAUCGAUUUGAAAAUGAAACAAUUAAGAUUAGCAUAUAUCAGAUCAUCAAGGAAUAUGCAAAUAGGGAUGCAGAUCUGUUUUUGUUAGACACAAGAAAGGCCCAGGCUUUAGAUGUGGGUUGGCUUGUCUUUGAUAUCACUGUGACCAGCAAUCAUUGGGUGAUUAAUCCACAGAACAAUUUGGGCUUACAACUCUGUGCAGAAACAGGAGAUGGACGCAGUAUCAACGUCAAAUCUGCUGGUCUGGUGGGGAGACAUGGGCCUCAGUCAAAACAACCAUUCAUGGUGGCUUUCUUCAAGGCGAGUGAGGUACUCCUGCGAUCCGUGAGAGCAGCCAACAAACGGAAAAACCAAAACCGCAGUAAAUCCAGUUCUCACCAGGACUCCUCCAGAAUGGCCAGUGCCGGAGAUUAUAAUACAAGCGAACAAAAGCAAGCCUGUAAGAAGCAUGAACUCUAUGUGAGUUUCCGGGACCUGGGAUGGCAGGACUGGAUUAUAGCACCAGAAGGAUAUGCUGCAUUUUAUUGUGAUGGAGAAUGUUCUUUUCCACUCAAUGCCCAUAUGAAUGCUACCAACCAUGCCAUAGUUCAAACUCUGGUUCAUCUGAUGUUUCCUGACCACGUACCAAAGCCUUGUUGUGCUCCAACCAAAUUAAACGCCAUCUCUGUGCUAUACUUUGACGACAGCUCCAAUGUCAUUUUGAAAAAAUACAGAAACAUGGUAGUGCGCUCCUGUGGCUGCCACUAA